GGAGCAGUAAAGUUGGAUCCAUGCGUUAGGAAAUAUAUUGGCGAUGAAUUACCACCAGAGACUGGAUCAGAAAUCACUUGGACCUAUGUUACUUUUGAUAAGGAGGCAAGUUCUUGUUUGCUUGUAAGUGUCGAACUCAAAUUACCGCAGUCUGAGAAGAAUGUCUAUGCGUUGAAGUUUGAAGACCGCGAAAACGAUGGUGCUUUCCUCACCAAUGAGAAUCGUGGCCUGAUACGCCAGGGAUUUAUACUUAUUUUAACUGCUUCACCGAUGGACUGA